AUGGGCCCGCCCUUGGGUGACGACGGACCCUCCGGACCCCAAGGCGACCAGGUCAUCGCCGGCCAGGUCCUCGCCGAGAACGAGGACAUCCUCGCCGACCUCGACGACGACGCCCUCGACCUCGAGUUGACCCACCUUCGCCUGCGCACCCUCCGCGGCCUCGGCAUCGAGCGCUUCCGCAAGGAGGCCGAGUUCCCGUACCACGAGCGGCGCCGCGCCGAGGACGAGGAGCCCGUGUGGCCCCUGCGCGGCUUGAGCGACCUCGAGGAGCUCGACCUGUACGACAACAGCCUCAAGAGCAUCAAGGGCCUAGAAGGGCUCGACUCGCUCGAGUCCCUCGACCUGUCCUUCAACCUCCUGCGCUCAGUCGCACCCCUCGACGACGCGUCGCCCGACUCGCCGUUCGCGCUCAAGCACCUCACGCACCUGUACCUCAUCCAGAACAAGCUCACCAAGAUCGAGGGCGUCCGACACCGCGACAGCCUCACCUACCUCGAGUACGGCGGGAACCGCAUCCGGACGAUCGAGAACCUGCCCGUGUCGGCCAACUUGCGCUCGCUCUUCCUCGGCAAGAACAAGAUCACCAAGAUCGAGGGUCUCGACGGCCUGACGGGCCUGCGCACGCUGAGCAUCCAGAGCAACCGUCUCACCAAGAUCGAGGGGCUUGACGCCCUCACCGAGCUCGAGGAGCUGUACCUGUCGCACAACGGCCUGACCCGGAUCGAGGGCCUUCGCAAGCUCACCAAGCUCACGACGCUCGACGUCGGGCACAACAAGAUCGAGGACGCGCCGGCCGAGGAGCUCGCGCCGCUCGUCGAGCUCGAGGAACUUUGGGCCAACGACAACCAGCUGCGCACGAUCCCGUCGCUGCCCGAGUCGACGCACCCGGCCCUGACGACCAUCUACCUCGAGGGCAACCCGAUUCAGAAAGACCUCGGCACAGCGUACCGGCGCAAGGUUCAGCUCGAGCUGCCCCAGCUCAGGCAGAUCGACGCCAACUUUGUCAGGAGGAGCUGAGCGGGCGAGGACGACGGACGAGUUUCGUCUGCAAUGGACGCUCGGUUAUGCAGUGCGA